AGCUGGACUCCGAUGGAAUAAAUAAGAAUCCCUGCAUGCCUGCAUUGUUAUGAGAACAUCUGAAGAAAGCUGCAAUACAUGCAGUUUUCAGUUAUAUAAACAUUUAGCUCCAGACUAAGGAACAAACACAAACAUGCUAUAACCGUAUCCAGUGGUGGAUUUUCAGUUUAGUCAGAUUCAUCAGUAAAAAUGUAACGUUUUUUUUUUUUUGUGAAAAACGCUAAAAGAUGGGCUUUCGUUUAGGGUGGAAACUGAUUUAAUCUUUACAUUUAAUUCCGUUUGUUUUCAUUGAACUCCGUCUCGUUUGAAUAUAGAGAUUGGUGUUUUAGAUCGAUUCCCCCUGUGGAUUGGUUAAUGUAAACAUCAGUCAUGCUUGUUACGGGAACACACGCCGAAUGGAAGGACUGGGAGGCGAUUGUUCUCGCUGUCAAAUAUUAUUCUGUUCUUGUAAUACUCAGGACGCAACUACAAUCUGCGGGAGUUCGAAGCCAUCUCUUCGUUACUUUCUGCCUUCAUAGAACAGUCGCUGCUCGUGUUAUUUUUAGUUUUUUUUUUUUUGCCUCAGACACAUCAGUGAGGUUAACGUCGCAUUAGAUGCCUCUAGAGGCAUUUAACUUUUUCGCACAAGCAUUUUGCAUAUUUUCUGCGCGUACCUAAAUGUCAGAAAGUGAUGCUUUUCUGUUCUGAUAUCUGUUAUAAUACAAGAGAGCUGUAAAACAUGUUUGUCGCUAAUAUACUGUGCUUUAAAGUGAAUGCAAUAACGAAAACGAAUGUCUUCGAGCACAUUAACAAACUUCAAAGUGCUUCGAAGUCAGGAUUUGAGGAGCGUUCAAGAUUUGAAUGACAAGUCUUCCAACAUUAUUUAAACUAAAUCUGUCAUCUGACGGGUGGCAAUUCCGAACGACCAGCAUGAAGACAAAUGCAAUGCAAAAUUCUAGCCUUAACCUACUGACAUUGUAAUGCUUUGUACAUGGCACCACUGCACGCGAGACCACUGCGGUUAUAAACUAUUGUGACUUUCAGAAAACGCCUGAAAAAAAAAUUUAAUAUCCUUUAAUUGCGUUUGUAAUGUCGGAACGGGAGUGUUAUGGCGACGGAGCCCCUGAAUUCCGCCCUGGGAGAUCAUCCAGGACAGGCAGGCGUAGUGGGGUCAUCCUUCCCUCACCGGGAUGCUCCAGCCCCGGCCGUCAAGACUCGGAGACUGGCCCUAUGGAGACGGUUAAGGCCGGACCGCGACGGAGUAGUAUCAUUAAGGACUCCUCAGUGUCAAAGGUGGAGGGGGGAAGGAAAAAGACGGUGUCGUUCAGCAGCACGCCGUCGGAGCGCAAGGUGAGCAGCGUGGUGGACUGCCUGGCCUUCAUGCAGUGCGGCUGCGAGCUGCGCAAGGUGCGCCCGAACGCGCGCGUCUACUGCCGCUUCUACACGCUGGACCUGGAGCAGGCCUGCCUGCGCUGGGAGCCGUCCAAGAAGGACGCCGAGCGCGCCCGGCUGGACGUGGCCGCCAUCCGCGAGGUGCGCGCGGGCAAGAGCACCGACACCUUCCGGAACCACGGCCCGGCGGACCAGCUGGCCCAGGAGGCCGCCUUCUCCAUCAUCCACGGGCCGGACUGCCGCUCGCUGGACCUGGUGGCGCUCUCGGCCGACGCCGCCAACAUCUGGGUGACGGGGCUCCGCCACCUGCUGUCCCACCCUGCCGCGGCGGGGGGCGGCGCCGGGGGCGGGGCCGAGGACGGCAGCCUCGGCAGCCGGAUGCGACGCGGCUGGCUGGCCGAAGAGUUCGGCAAGGUGGACGAGGACGGGCACGGCUUCGUGUCUGAGGACGUUGCUGUGGCGACCAUCUGCAAGCUGUGCCCCAGCAUCAAGGAGGCUAAGGUGCGUCUCAGAUUUAAGGAGAUCCAGCAGCGCAAGGAGAAACUGACAUCUCACGUCACCCUGGAGGAGUUCCAUGAGGCGUACUGCGAGCUCUGCACUCGUCCGGACGUCUACUUCCUGCUGGUGCAGCUGUCCAAGAGCCGGGAGUGUCUGGACGCGCAGGACCUGCGACUCUUCCUGGAGGUGGAGCAGUGGGCGGGGAAAGGGGCGGGGCAUGGGGCGGGGCCCUCGGCGGCAGAGGCCAGCCAGGACAUCCUGCGGCGGUUCGAGCCGUCGGUGACGGGGCGCGAGCAGGGCCUGCUGGGAUUGGACGGCUUCACCCGCUACCUGCAGGCGCCCGAGAGCCAGCUGAUGGCGCCUCGGCACCAGAGCGUGUGGCAGGACAUGAGCCUGCCCCUCACCCGCUACUACAUCAGCGCCGCCGCUCCCAGCUCCUUCCUGCAGGGGGCGCCGGGGGCGCUGGAGCAGGUGCUCCGGGCCGGGUGCCGCUACCUGGAGCUGGGGGUGAGCGAUGGGCCCGAGGGGGAGCCGCUGCUGGACCCCAGCACCGCCGCCGUUACCCUGCGCAGUGCCCUGGAGGCGGUGCGCGACCACGCCUUCCUGACCACGCCCUUCCCCCUGCUGAUCUACCUGCGCCAGUGCUGCUGCCCCGCCCAGCAGCACGUCCUCGCUCAGCACCUGCGGCAGGUGUUCGGGGACCGCCUCUACAAGCCUGAGGCCCCGCCUACGGGAGAGAGCGACGUCCUCCUGCCCUCCCCUCAGCAGCUGAGGGGGCGGGUGCUGCUGGCGGGGAAGAAACUGCCCCCAUGGCAGGAGGGGGAGGUGGGGGAGGUGAGCAACGAUGAGGAGGAGGUGAGAGUGGUGGACAAGCAGGCGGUGGAUGUGGCUGAGGGGGGAGAAGUGGGCGUGGCUGAGGCGGAGGAGGGUGUGGUCAAAGGGGAAGCCCCGAAGCUCCAUCUGUGCCGGGAGCUGUCAGACCUGGUGGCGCUGGCGGACGCCGGCAGCCUAGCCUUCCGCGAAGCCCAGAGGCGUGGGGGCUCUCCCCAAACCCGCCCCUCCCCCUGGACGCUGUGCUCCCUGGGGCGGAGCGAGGCGGGGCGGCUGGCCAGCGAGGCGGCCGAGGGGCUGGCGGCCACCACGGGGCGGGUGCUGACCCGAGUGCGGCUCGGCCCGGCGGGGCCCGACUGCGCCAACCCCGACCCCCAGGCCUACUGGACCAGCGGCUGCCAGCUGGUGCCGCUCAACCUACAGGCCCCCGGGGUCUCCCUGGACCUGCACCGCGCCCGCUUCGCCCAGAACGGGGGGUGCGGCUUCUCGCUGCGCCCCGCCCCCUCCGCCACCGCCGCCACGCCCCCCCAGGAUCUGCGGGUCAGGGUGAUCGGUGCCCACAGCCUGCCCAAGCCGCAGGGUUCGGGCACCAUCGGGGAGGUCAUCGACCCCUACGUGGUGCUGGAGCUGCACGGCGUUCCCGCCGACUGCGCCGAACACCGGACCCGCACCGCCGCGCAGAACCAGGACGACCCGCUCUUCGACCAGACCUUCCACUUCCAGGUGAGUGUACCUGAGCUGGCAUUGCUGCGCUUCGUGGUGCUCGAUGACGACUACAUCGGCGACGACUUCAUUGGUCAGUACAGCGUGGGGCUGCAGUGCCUGCAGUGUGGUUACCGUACUGUGCCUCUGCUGAGCUUCUCUGGCGAGCCACUCCCCCGAGCCAGCCUAUUCGUCCACGUGACCAUCACCAGCCGGCAGGGUGGGGAUGGGGGCGGAGCUCAGCGGAAGGCGGGGCGGGGCCGAAUUCUCCGCCACGUUGGCAUCAGGACCCUGGACCACGUCCUGAGACCCGCCGCUGCCCCGCUGAAGGAGGCGGCUGACCUACGAGAGGGCGUGAAGAAUGCUGUGGAAGGUUUCAAAGAGCAGUGUGGGCUUCCCCCUGUGGCCGAAUUGAAGAAGUGCAUCCAAAGCCUGGCCUCCCGUCUGCAGAGUGCAGAUGGAGCCCCAGGGGCCAAUCUGGCUCUGAGAGAUGGGUACCCCUACCUGGAGGCGCAGGGAUACCUGCCCGAAUCCUCCUACAAGCUGCUCACUGCAUAUGAGAAGGUGGUCACUGCGCUCAGACUGCUGAUUGAGAAUGCUGAUGGUGUGCAGGGGAGAAUUGGCCAGGUGCAUAGACAUGGGGUGGAGUUACAGGAUGACCUGCCGAGGCUUGGGGAGGAGGAGGGGCUGAAGGGCCGCAUACUGAACAAAGCGGUGGAGAGUUUCACCUGGAACCUCACAGUUCUGAAGGGACAGUGUGAUCUGCUGCGCAUUGCCAAGGCAAAUGCUCUGGACACCCUGAGGCAGCUCACUCUGGGCUGCGAGGCCUGUGGACUGACCUCUACAGCCAAAUGACAAGAACACCUACAAACUUUUGAUUCCAUCAGGCCUGUUAAAUAUGAGAAAAGAGGCCAAGAGAGUGAAAAUGGGGGAAUAGCUUAGUCCCCGGGGAUUAAUUAAGUGCUAACAUCCUAACAAUUCUUACUUAACAUUUUGACUUAACAUUUCAGACAACUUAAGUUGUAAGAACAGUAUGAAUAUAUUAGCUGGUAUCUACUGUGGGGGAAAGGAAAUGCUCAAGAGUGUUCUAUAAAAUUUAGUAUAUGGUGCUUCAGUCCUUUUUUGCAUUGUCCGUGGGUCUGUCUGCUUUUU